CACCAUUGAAACCCACAAUCAGGCUCCAAGUUUUAUAUUAACCCAAAAAAAUCUAUCCUUUUCCUCUUUUUAGUGAAACACUUUUAUUUAUUUAUUUACAAUCAAUAGUCCCAACUCCCACGUCCUGAAGUCUCAGAAAGGCCCAAAAACAAAGCAUUUUCUCCAACGAUUUCGAUAUCUGGUGAGAGAUUUUGUCAAUGAGCGACGGAGAAGACGCCGUGCGGCGCCGGAAUGCGGUUGCGGAGUACCGGAAGAAACUCCUUCAACACAAAGAAUACGAAUCCAGGGUUCGAGCAGGUAGGGAGAAUCUGAGAGCUGCUAAGAAGGAGUUCAACAAAACAGAAGAUGAUUUGAAGUCUCUUCAGAGUGUUGGGCAGAUCAUUGGGGAAGUUCUCAGGCCUCUUGAUAAUGAACGCUUAAUUGUUAAAGCAAGCAGUGGCCCUCGUUAUGUUGUUGGUUGCCGCAGUAAAGUUGAUAAGGAGAAACUGACUUCAGGAACUAGAGUGGUUCUUGACAUGACAACACUUACUAUCAUGCGGGCCCUACCUCGUGAAGUUGAUCCAGUCGUUUACAACAUGUUGCACGAGGAUCCUGGUAAUGUUAGCUACUCUGCUGUUGGUGGUUUAUCUGAUCAAAUUCGAGAGCUGAGGGAAUCUAUUGAGCUCCCUCUCAUGAAUCCUGAGCUUUUCCUUAGAGUAGGGAUUAAACCUCCCAAGGGUGUCCUCCUUUAUGGGCCUCCUGGUACUGGCAAGACAUUGUUAGCCAGAGCAAUAGCAAGUAAUAUUGAUGCCAACUUCUUAAAGGUUGUUUCAAGUGCAAUAAUUGACAAAUACAUAGGAGAAAGUGCAAGACUGAUAAGAGAAAUGUUUGGAUAUGCACGUGAUCACCAACCUUGCAUUAUCUUUAUGGAUGAGAUUGAUGCUAUUGGUGGACGCCGUUUCAGUGAGGGAACAAGUGCUGACCGUGAAAUACAGAGAACACUAAUGGAGUUACUUAAUCAGCUUGAUGGAUUUGAUCAGCUUGGGAAGGUUAAAAUGAUCAUGGCUACAAACCGCCCUGAUGUUCUUGACCCUGCACUGCUUCGUCCUGGACGGCUGGACAGAAAGAUAGAGAUCCCAUUGCCAAAUGAGCAGUCAAGAAUGGAAAUCCUCAAGAUUCAUGCUGCUGGCAUAGCCAAGCAUGGUGAAAUUGACUACGAGGCUGUUGUUAAACUUGCUGAGGGCUUUAAUGGUGCUGAUCUACGAAAUGUUUGCACGGAAGCUGGAAUGUCAGCAAUUCGCGCAGAACGUGAUUAUGUCAUCCACGAAGAUUUCAUGAAGGCAGUGAGAAAAUUGAAUGAAGCCAAGAAAUUGGAAUCCAGUGCACACUACAGUGCCGAUUUUGGGAAAGAAUAGAGCUUUUCUGUUCUUCCCGAAGCUAUCGCUAAUUUCCUCAAGUCGAGCACUCAGUUCGUUUAUCAACACGUUAGAGAAGUCAACUAUGCAUUUAAAAUUUUUACAUAGCUUUUCAUACCAAAAGGGUUGCACACAAUGUUGUUGAGACCAUUGUAUGAAGGGGCCUCUGCAUGUUAUACCGAAUUGAAAUAUUUGAAUCUGGAUUAUUGAAUGAUUUUUAGCAUUA